UGUUGUUAAGAUGGCGUCUCCGAGUGGAGGUGACGAUUUUGAAACGUCUCUGCUGAGCUUCGAGAAGCUAGACAGAGCAUCGCCUGAUCUAUGGCCUGAGCAAUUGCCAGGAGUUGCAGAAUUUGCGGCCUCUUUUAAAAGUCCAAUCACAAAUUCUCCACCUAAGUGGAUGGCUGAACUGGAAAAUGAUGACAUUGAAAUGUUAAAAGAACUUGGGAGCUUGACCACAGCCAACCUGAUGGAGAAAGUGAAAGGACUUCAGAAUCUGGCCUACCAGCUUGGAUUGGAGGAGUCAAGGGAAAUGACAAGAGGAAAAUUCCUGAAUAUCCUGGAGAAACCCAAAAAAUGAAGAGGCAGGUGUACAUUUCAUUGGAUGGAUUUAAGGAAUACUCAACGAAGAAUUCACACCAACUACACAUUAACUUACUCAAGAUACAUCUGAGACAUACUUGUAUAUAUGUACACAGUAUCGCACAACCACCACCAAGGAGCCCAGAAACCUUUUUGUAUUAAAGAAAUGUUAUACUGGGAACUGCUCACUGUAGAAUUCUUUAUUGUAGGACAAAAGGGCUAAAAUAAUUCUUAACCAGAAUCGUACA